GCAUUGCGAGAGUAAGGACCGUUUUACGGCACCCCGACGAAUCUCCACCGAUAUUCCACAUGGCUUAAAAUGAUGCGAAACGUGAGAGUGUGACAGCCUACUACAUGAUAGAUUAAGUGAGAAGCUUUAUUGAUCUAAAUAAACUAUGGGUAAAAGUAAGACUAACAAAUUUAGACGUCCACAGUUCAACGCAGAGGGACUGUCUGUAACUGCUGUAAAGGAAGUGGAAGAGGACCACGAUGAAGUCUGUGAUGGGGUCGACUCUCCAGCUGGGGAGUUACUGGAGAAAUUGCAGAGUCCCAGUGCAGAUGUACGUGAGUUUGCUUGUGCCAGCAUAUCACGCCUCGUGCAACAGAGCCAGACCAUCCCAGGCUUCCUCCAGCGGGAUGCGGUGAGACGUCUCGGGCCCUUACUGCUGGACCGCAGCCUGGCCGUCAGGGAGACUGCCACAGGGGCACUCAGGAACCUGAGUGCCUGUGGGGGUCAUGAGGUGUGUGAGGACAUGGUGAAACAGGACGUCAUGACUCCUCUGACUGCUCUGCUUCGAGAGUGCUGUGCUGGGUUUGAGACCAAUGAUGCCCUCUCGUUAAAAGGGCAGAAAAACACAGUGGAAGAUGUAGCCAAUGAAGCAGUUAACUUGCUGUGGAAUCUCUGCUUGCCAACGUUUCUAUGGUUCUCUCACACCAUACUCUCCUGUUGUAUCAUCACCCUGUCUGUCAGUGAGAGCAGUAGCCAGGCACUCUCUAUGUUCAACAAAGCAGGCAUUCUGGAUGUUAUCCUACAGUGUCUGGAGCGACACACUCACAACAUCAAGCUGGCUUUGUCUGCAGCCCACUGUUUGCACACAGUGACUGAGGACAACGCAGAGUUGCUGUGUAGUAUGAACAAUGCUGUAUUAGGGACUCUAGAGAGUGUGCUGCUAUCCUCACAGGCGGACAUGGCUCACACACUGCUCAGGACACUGGCUGCAGGGUCAGUGUGGAACCUGAAGAGCAGCCUGCCCACGGCCCGCCAGGCCCAGACCCUCAACGCCCUGAUGGCCACCCUGUCCCAGUGCUUGGAGCUGGAUGCUGGCACGCUGAUACCCCAGCUCCGCCAGGCUGAGGUGGCCCGCAGUGCCACUGCCUCAGAGGCAGGGGACAUGGAGGACCACCAGGCAGCUGCAGGGAAUAUGGCUGUAGAGGAGAUGGAUGAGGAGGAGGGGGUUGGACCGAGGACAAAUGGAAAGGCAACCAAGAUAGAUAUAGACUUCUCUGACCUCCUGCCUAGGGGCAAGGAGGAGCUGAGGGAGGCGACGGCCUUGCUGACAGCCCAGCAGACGUCCUUGGAGAUCAUCGUCAACAUGUGCUGCUCUGAUGACCCGUCAGACGAUGAGUGGGAGGAGGCGUCGAGCAGCGACGAGAGUGAGAUGUGUCCUGACGGCCUCUCUGAAGGGAACACCAGCCUCCUGUCCCCACUGUGUCUGUCUGCUGAGAUCCACGGGGCCCUGAUCAAUCACAACAUCCCAGAGAAGGUUCUCAAGAAGACCCAGUUCCCCAUCAGCGAGGCGAUGGACGUAUGUCGUCACAAUCCCACCUGGAAAAUCUUGAUGAAAAAGAUGCAUCGGGUGCAGUACAGGGCCCUGACGUGCCUUCACAACAUGCUGUCUACUAUGGACGCUGAGUCCCUAGGGGGAGCAGCCGCUCUUCAAGCUGUCGCACAACACCUGUCCACGCUGGUCUUCAGUGCUCCAGAGAUCCCUAAGGAGGAGGAAUUCCUUGAGGCAGUUACCAGUGCCAUGCGAUCCCUCUUACAGAUCAUAGCCUAUAUGAAAAUCCCACAGUGUAUGACCCCCCAGCAGCUGAUGAGCCUGAGCGAGGCAGCGACCUGCUGUGACGUGGUCAGUGUGAGAGUGAACGCUCUGGCCAUCCUAGGCAUCACAGGAAGCACACUGGCUAAAGAGAAGAGGACAGCUGAAACUCUGCAGAUGAUUGGCAAUGCCUUACUCAAAGUUGCUACAAAGGAUGCCAACCUUGUGGUUUGUGGAGAGGCCCUGGAUGCUCUGUUUGAUGUUUUUGCGGAUGGAGACGAGGCAGAGAGGGCAGCUGAAAACAUCAACUUACUGUCUGCUCUGAAGGCACUUCAACCUGUCUUCAAGGCUAAGAUUCGUAAAGAGGGGAAGGGAAAGUACAGCCCUGAGCAGCUGUGUGUGCUGGACAACAUCAAAGUCAACCUAAGAAGGUUUAUUGGCUACCUGGAGACUGUGGUAAAAAAAUGACAGCGGCCUGACACUACGACACCAACUGACUGACUGGCUGACAUAAGAUGAAAUUACUCAUAAUUUACAGUACAAUGGACCCAGAGAUGCUCAUAGAGCCUUGGGACAGAACAGAGGGAAUGGGGUUGAGGGGAAUUCCCUAAUAGACCCUCAUUAAAGAGACAGUUCGUUCCAAAAUCAUUGUUUUUGAGUGAACUAUCCCUUUAACUUCUAUAACUGAUUUUCAUGUUGGGUAUCUUUUUUGUUUUAAUGUUCUGACUGAAAUGCUUGACUAUUUUCCUUGGUAGGUGAGUGUUUACAUAAUUAUGUGUAAAAAAAUGUUUUUAACACAUUAAGCAGAUGCAGACAGAUUAAGCAUGGAGAACACUAAACGUGAUGACAGAUUAAGCAUGCGCUAUUUUGAAUUACUGUUGCAGUGCAUUGUUUUACUUUAUGUAUAAAAGUACAUUUCAAUGUGCUGUAUUUUAAGAUAUUGACCGAACAUUUUAUGGUUUAUUUUACACAUCUUUAUCAACCAACUCUCACGUCACACACUCAUACUGUAGCCCUCCAUGUUAGGAUUGACCAGUUGUAGUAUUCAUGUGCUUCUCACCCAAGAAUCUGCUAUCUGACCCCAUUUAAUGACUCUGUCAUGUUGUGCUGUCAUGGAAAAUGAGAUGGACAGGCUGAGUGUUUGCUGACCUUUGUUUGCUAUGGCUCUACUGCCUGCAGGCAUUUGCCAUUGUAUGACAAGGCCAUCUGUUUACCCCCCAGUGUCUACUGAUCAUGUGAGAUGUCAUGAAUAAAGCAACACACCAUCCA